AAACAGCACCAGUCAACACUGACUUUUUCCCACGGGAUCCAUUCUAUCCUGGAAGCGUUGUGCGCUCUUCAGUUUGACGUGUGUAACUGCACUUCCGGCGAUAUCGGCGCUAGAAUGGCUGCAAUGUUUACGUGUUGUUUGGGCUGCUGCGGGGAUGGCGGACCGGGUCAUGCUCCCCUCAAAGAAAUGCCCACCGUACAGCUAGACACGCAUCACAUGGGGACUGAUGUGGUCAUAGUGAAAAGUGGGAGGCGGAUCUGUGGAACUGGAGCCUGCUUUGCCAACGCCCCUCUACACCAGAACAAGAGCUAUUUUGAGUUCAAGAUCCAGUCCACGGGUGUUUGGGGGAUCGGUGUGGCCACUCAGAAGGUGAAUUUGAACCAGGUGCCACUGGGUCAAGACAGUCACAGUUUGGUGCUUAGACACGAUGGCUCCAUAUACCACAAUAAUGAGGAGAAGAAUCGAUUACCUGCCAACAGCCUUCCUCAGGAGGGGGAUAUAGUGGGGGUGACCUAUGAUCAUGUGGAACUGAACUUGUACUUAAAUGGAAAGAACAUGCAGUGUCCAGCCUCAGGUAUUCGAGGGACUGUGUUCCCCAUAGUUUAUGUGGAUGACAGUGCCAUCAUAGACUGCCAGUUCAGUGAUUUCUACCAUACUCCACCUGAAGGCUUUGAAAAGAUUCUGUUUGAGCAGCAGAUCUUUUGAAUUGUCAGCUGUUGUGUGCAUAGUGUCGAGCUGAACUGUGUGUGGCAGCCUGUGGUUACGAUCUCUUUCAAUGUUGCUUCUGCCUUUGCUGUUACUAUUGCUGCUCUUGUCCAUUUGGAAGACAAACCAGGCUUUAUUUCUGUCUGCGUGUGUGAGAAUCUACAACCCAGAAAACACUUUACAUAAGCACUGAAGACACUUACUGAUAUCUACUUUCUGUAGUGGGUGAUAUUGAUAAACUGAGCUUAUCCCUUUAUUUAAUGACAAUGUACAAUCAGCAGCUGUGUGUUUUUGAUUUAUGUAGAAAUUAUUGUUGAUUUAUUGGCUUUCAUGAAUGAAACAAUUGUAUUUGCACUAGUUACAUGUGAUUGAAAAUCAAACCAAACCUCUCUCGUUUGUUACUGUCAUUUGGCUUUCAUCUGAACUAGCCAUAUUGAUAAAUUGCUAACAGUAAAUAGCAGUUUACAGUAUUUUCCACAGUGUAUUUUAACAUCUUACCUCUGUGAUCUCUAUUGCACAUAAUAUUAAAUAAGUGACUUUGGCUGAACAGAUUUCAGUCAAAUAACCACUAAAACAUUUUUAGACAUGCAUGAAUCUAUUUAACAAGACCAUUUUUGCUGCCCUAACUUAUAUCUUACCAAACUCUUCAAAUGUUAGGAUGAAGGUAAAAGUUCUCUUCUUUCUUCUGAUGUGUUUUGCUCUGUUGAUAGUGUCCUGGACCUGAAAUAAUUCACUUCUGCACAGUAACAUUAAUUACAACUAUUAACCUAAUUUUACUGGUUACUGCAGAAAUCUUAUGUCCUCUUAACACUAAAACCAUUCAUACAGUGGGUAUAGAAAAGAAUCACCCCCUUUAAAAUAAUCAAAUUGUGUUGCUUUGCA